CGGUUGGGAUGACUUGCUUGACUACACGAGUCGAUUAUGUAUGGUCGGCAUAUGCCCCGCCGGUUCUGCCAAUUCUCUCCAAUUUGAUUUCUGCCACACACACAGAUCGAAAGGACUGAGCGCGUGGGCCGAGAUAUCGGGAGGAGGAUGAUGGCUUGUGCUUCUCUCGCCUCGAGCCUGCCGUGGGUCUUCCUCUGCUCUCCGAGGCCGAGGGCUUCGACUCCCCGCCCUCCUCACCCCUUCCUCCGUUGCUCCUCCGCCACAUCCGACUUCUCCCAUCAUACCGGUAAACUAGAAAAUCUCAUAGCACAUGUCCAAAAUCCAUCAAGUAAUGUAUCUAUUGACCAACUCGAAAGUCAAGUUCCGAUGACUGGAGGUGCAUAUGAUUUUAAGGGAGCUACAACAUCACUAACUAAUGAGAGAUUGUCGUCUCCGAAAAAGGUGACUCUAGUAAGGCAUGGUUUGAGCUCGUGGAACAAUGAAAAUAGGGUCCAGGGUAGCUCAAACUUGUCCAUUCUUACAGAUAUAGGAGUCGGGCAAGCAGAGAAAUGUCGCGACGCAUUAACUGACAUAAGUUUUGACAUUUGCUUCUCUAGCCCUAUUUCACGUGCAAAGUCUACUGCUGAACUUAUUUGGCAUGGAAGGGACAAACCAUUGGUUUUUCUUGAUUCUUUAAAAGAGGCACACCUGUUUUUUCUUGAGGGUAUGACAAAUGCGGAUGCUAAAAUGAAGUACCCAGAGUUGUAUACCACUUGGAGAGAAGAUCCAGCUAAUUUUAAUGUUGAUGGAAUUUAUCCUGUCCGCAAAUUAUGGGGGACAGCAAGAGAGGCCUGGAGGGAGAUUUUGUCUUCACCUGGUGAGAGCUUUCUGGUUAUCACCCAUAAAUCGAUUUUGCGGGCGCUUAUUUGCACAGCUCUGGGACUCAGUCCAGAGAGGUUUCGUGCCGUUGAUGUGAACAAUGGUGGAAUUUCUGUAUUCACAUUCAACAGGCGGGGAGAAGCUAUUCUUCAGAGCUUGAAUAUGACGGCUCAUAUGUAUAGCAAUCACAUUUAUCACUACUAAAAAGAGGGCUCAACAAUGUGUAGAUCGUGUGGAGCACGAUCAAGAAGUAGGCGAUUACACCAACGAAGGCACAUAUGAGAGCUCCCGUGACAUGAUCACAGAAGCUUGGAACCUGGCCACAGAUGGGCAUCCAUCCGGCGUGCGAGUUCCCCUUCUUCCCCACCUGCGCCAUGGCCCCGGCCGCCGCUGUGGCCGCCGUCAGCAACAUCGCCACCGUCUACAGUACAACCAUAUCGGUCACAUACCAGUUGCAAGAUCUCAAACACGAUCACAACAUUCCAUGGCCUUACCACAUCGAACACGAUGACCAACCUCGACAGCGAGGUCGUCGGAGGUACGAAGAGCACGAGGAGGGUGUAGCCGCAGCCGACAGCGUUCGCAACCACAAAGAACCUGCACGCAGUUUGUAGUUAGGUUUCUCUCUCGGUGGUGGUAGAACCGGAAGACUUAGUGUGCUGCCUACUCGAAGGAAGGAGUGUAUUGGAACUUGGCAUCCAGGGUUAAGCCAAAGAUGGUGGUGGAGUCACGGCUCGUCGCCAUGACCACCGCCGCGCAGAGGGUGGCCGCUGCAGCUAGAAGCCUCAGGAGGAGAGAGCACAACCUCGAAGUCUUGGCCAUUUUGGUUCUGCUAUCUGAUGCAGUGCUGAUCUGCCAGGGGAUCAUGGAAGCUAAAGGGUGGGUUGGACUUGGCAUUUAUUGGCGGAGAUCGAUGGUGGUAGCUUCAGGGUGUCAAACUAGAGGCUAUGUUGGUGAGCUGCUCUGAUGCUUGGUUGAAUGGUGUCUCACCCGUCUCCAUCUCCAUUGCUAACCUUGUACUUGUUCCUCUUCUCGAGGACAAUACUUUGCUUUCUCUGUGGUAGUGGUUACUUGUCUUAA